AUGGCGUCCGCUCCCCGUCUACGAGUCCCGCCCAAGGAGCCAGAGGCGCGCAAAGGGCCGGGAAUGGAAGACGACGCAUCCUGGUCUGGGUCCGACGACGCACAACGCCGGGCUCUUCUCUCGUUCGACGAGAUGCCGGAAUGGUUUCAACACGACAACAACCAGUGGAUUCUUAACGGUUACCGGCCCAUAUCGGGCUCGGCUCGCGCCUCGUUCCGCAGUUGGUGCUAUCUCCACAACGAGACGGUCAACAUCUAUUCCCAUCUCAUACCGGCCGUCGUCUUCCUCCUUGGCGAGUGGUACAUCUUGCAGUACCUUGCCGGCAAGUAUUCCAGAGUUACUAGCACCGAUUUUGUGGCCUUUUCAUUCUUCAUACUUACGGCGACUAUUUGCUAUGCAUUUUCGGCUAUUUAUCACACUUUAAUGAACCACUCUUAUACAGUCGACCAUUUCUGGCACCGACUAGAUAUGCUUGGUAUAGGCAUCUUUAUAGUCGGUGACAUUGUCUUGGGCGUAUAUAUAAUUUUUCGGUGCGAGACUACGCUACGCAAUAUCUAUUGGUCUAUGAUUGGGCUUUUCGGGGCAUUAACUAUUAUCACGAACGUUCAUCCUAAGCUCCAGACCCACAAGUAUCGCUCCAUGCGAACACUCGCGUUCGUGGCGACUGGCAUGUCUGUUGUGGCGCCCUUGAUUCAUGGGCUCGAUAUAUUCGGGCUAGACCUGAUGAACAAAAAAGCCUUUACCUAUACUAUGGUGGCAAAGGUAGGCUGCCUACUAUCUGGAACCGGGCUUUAUGCAAUGAGGUUUCCCGAAAGUUGGUGGCCUGGAAAAUUCGACAUGUGCAGCUCCCACUCAUUCAUGCACAUGCUGGUCGUCUCCGCCGCUGUUAUCCAGAUGAUAGGGUAUCUGGAAGCCUUCGACUAUGCUUACUCAAAUAUUACCUGCUCAGCCUCUUGA